GCCCGCGCUGUCCGCGUUAAUGUUGCAGCAGGACAUGGCGGACAUGGCUCCUCUGACUUUAGAAUAAGUACCAGCAACGAUGUUCUUGCGAAGCUCGUGAGAAGAUGAGUACUGCAGCAACUGCAGCGUCACAAAACCCGCGCCAUUUUUUUUCCUGAGCUUGGAUUGGCUUGGAUUGUGUCAGCUGAUAUGGCUUCUUCCAAGCCUAUCCGUAGGCCGAAGCGCGUUUUGCAGCAUUUUUGAGUUAAGUGGACGGUUGUUGGUUGCAUCGUUCGCACAAGUUUGACGUCGGUAAUGCUGGUAUAAGACUGUUCACUUCACAGAAAGCGAGCUUUGUAGGUUGCAUUCGAUGUCUGCCGACAACGGAGUGUGCUACGGUUUGAAACUGGAAAUGACAUACUUCAGGGUUGCUGAGUUCUCUGACGCCCUUGAUUGGAGGCCCACACUGUUCCAAGAGCCCAUCAUUGCGCAGAGAGCCUGUGCCCUGUGCGGCGUCGUGUACAAGAAAGCAGUCAGGCUUCCCUGCGUACACACACUGUGCACAAAGUGCCACGCUCGGUGCGUCAACACAGGAAGCUCUUGUCCCGUCGACCAGAAGCCGUUCUGCGAAGAUGACGUUGAACAGCUGGACGUCUCUCUCAAGUACAUCUUGAACCGUACGGUUGCCUGCUGGAAUGCACCUAAAGGCUGCAGCUUCAUUGGCACCGCAGCCAGCCUCUUGGACCACUACAAGGAGUGUGGCUUCAGCGUCGUGCCUUGUUGCCUGUGCCACUCUUCAGUGUUGCAGUGGAACAUUUUGGAGCACUUCAACACUGACUGCCGCAUUCACGAAGCAAAGUUUGCACCUACCGACAACCUUGCAACAGAACACCUCAAGGACGUCGACAGUGCUUGUCUCGAGAUAAAGAGAGCCACGGGAAAGAUCUCCGAGGACCUCAUGUCACUGCAGACCAGCCUGAACCGGUGCAGCGAAGACGUCAGGGCAGAGGGUGCAAGGUGCAAGGGCCAAUUGGAGGCUGAGGCUUCCAAGCUUGCUGAACAGCUCAACAACCUUAACACGGUCUGCACCACUGGUUUCGCCGAAAAACGGCGAGUUCUUCAGGCAGCGAUGGCGGACUACAAAGACCAUGUGAGCAAGGAGCUCCGUUUGCUAGGCUGUUGUAAGCCUGUGAGGGUCCACUGGUACGUUGAGGGGUGGGCAGACAUGAAGAAGAAAGCACUUGAGGCAGGGUUGCAGUUGACGGAGAGUCCCCCAAGGGUUAUUUAUGGUUAUAGUGUCUCCCAAGUUUUUGAACUAGACCUAAAGAAGGGUAAGGGCCCCAUUGGGUGCUACAUAAAGAUAUACCCCGGGAAACAAGACCUGCAGCUGGAGUGGCCCUUUCGCAAGGUUUACACGGUUGGUGUCAUUCACCCCAAAGACCAAUCAAACAUGAUUUCAGAAACGUUAAAUCCUGGUGACUCUACUGAUGAAGAACGCGAAUGUUGCUUUCUGAGGCCCAAAGGAAAGGGAAAUCAUCCAUAUGGAGCAACAAUCCUGACAACAGCAGAAAAGCUUGAAACAGGCGGGUUUAUUGAAAGCGAUACACUCCACUUGUUUUUGGAGGUGCAGCCGUAAUUUGUCUAAUUAGGAUGAAGCAAGUACUGGUUUGUAUAGCUUUGCAGAAAGUGCUUUGUAUCUUUUUCGACAGCUUUAUACAGAAAAAGGAUCCUGAUUGCUAUAUUUUUUCCUUGGAUGCGAUGUUGGAAUAAUUGUUUGCCCUCUGUUGGUGAAUUUGGUGAAAUUGUUUCCCUUCUGUUGGUGAAAAGUACUCUAAUCUGUUUUUUUUUUUUUUUUAGCUAGCUAAGAAAGCUUGAACCCAUCUUUUUUUCAGUUUUAAUUUGGAUUGCACAGUAAUUUGGUUUUGCAGUUCAGACCUAAUUAAGAAUGUAAGCAGUCAAGAGCGACGUCUUAGUUAUAAAGCUUUGCUUAGUUAUGCUUCAUCUUUUUUUUUUGUUUUAUUUAGCUUUUACACUGAUUGUGUCUUGUCGAGAAAUUGUUUAGUUAUUCAGCUUUGUGUUGUAUGCUGUUUCAGAUGCAUGAUCAUAAAAUUGUGCUGUUUGUAGCUAUAAGGGUUACUUUUCCUCUGUCAGAGUAUCAUUACUACUCUGUACACCUUUUUCUGUCGUCCAUGACACUACCUCAUUUUCUGAAAAAUGACAACUUGACAUGUUUGAAUUAUUAAAAAAAUGCCAAAAGGAACAAAACUUGCACCGCUUAUUGCAAGCCAAUUGAUGAACAGGGUUGCCAGGUUGGGUUAUUAAUAGUCAAAUUGAGCUACUUGGUACUUCAUUUGGCGUCGAAAUUUGGCGG